AUGGUCCCAAUUCUCAUCGGAUCACAGACUGGAAAUGGUCUUCAUCUUGCAAAGCUGCUAAACAAAGAAAUACCGAAUACAUUUACACUUGCAAUUAAUGAGUUUGACAUUCUGAAAAUCAACGAAUUUCCAUUUAUCAUAUUUAUCAUGUCAACACACGGGGACGGGCAAUGCCCAUUCAACAUGUCCAGAAUGUACAAUUUGCUAGUAUCUCAGGGUGCCAAGAAGCAUAAUAAAGAUAGUCUGCUGUUCAAUUUUAAAUUUGCCAUGCUGGGGCUGGGUGACUCUUCAUACCAAAAAUACAACUACUGUGCCAGAAUUUGUAGUGAAAAAAUGCAGCAUUUGGGUGCAAAGUGCAUUGUUCAAGAAUUGUGCGAUUCACAGGAUCCAAAUGGAAUGUAUGAUGGAUAUAGAAGAUUCAAGGAGAGUAUUGCUGCUAUUUACUCUUCAGAAUUGUGCAGUAAUCUUACUGGAGAAAGUGUAAAAAACGAAAAUAUUAAAAAAUAUAAAGCCAAAAUAGUAUCAAAUAGAGAACUGACCCCGCAGGGCUAUGAACAUAUGGUAUAUGAAAUAAUCUUUGACAUUCCAGAAUAUAUUGAUUUUUAUCCUGGAGAUUGCUUGUCAAUUGUGCCUGAAAAUACGAUCGACUUAAGAGAGUAUUUUAAUUUUCCAGACAAUCAAAUCGAAUUUCUCAGGAAGAACAUUGACUUUUUUGCAACUGUUCAGCAAACAAGCUUUAUAGAGCUCUCUAGUUUCACAGAUUCAGACGUCUUCAGGGAGAAGCUACUUGAAAUAUCCCAAGACUAUGACCUGUACUAUGACUAUGUUAUUAUCCCUAGAAGAAAUAUCAUAGAGAUUAUAGAAGAUUUCAAGCUGGGUGUUACAUUUGAUUUUUUGAAGGGCCUUAACAGCAUUUAUCCCAGAUACUUUAGCUGCACUAUGACUCAAGAGCAAGGCAAUGGCGAGAGCAGAGCUCGAUAUCAUGUUUUGUACAAUAUUGUGCGAUACAAAACAUACUUAGACAAGGAACGAUUGGGCCUAUGCUCACAAUAUCUUACAACACUGGCACCAGGCGAUUGCAUCAAUAUAGGAGUAACAAGAAGUUCACUGUUCUUCGAAGAAAAGAAUCUUCUGUUCUUUGCAACUGGCACUGGAGUGACACUCCCAAGGUCAGUAAUUCAUUUUUUCAAACAUAAAACUGUUAAAAUUUUCUAUGGUUUUAGAUAUUAUGAUAAAGACCAGCUAUGCAAGGAAGAGUUCUCGGAAAAUGUAGAUAUCACAUAUGUAGCCAGUAGAGAUGAAAAGAAAUAUAUAAUGGAUGCAUACAGGGAGUCGCCGGUGGAUAACAUUGAUUCAUGGCUUGUUUUUGCGAGUGGAAAUUGCAGGAUAAAUAGGAGCGUGCAUCAGGUUUUGAAAGACGUGCAUGGAAAAGACGUGGUAUUCCAGUCCGAGACCUGGUAA